AUGACUCUGACCAGGGGAUCCUUCACCUAUGCCAGUGGGGAGGAGUACCACGGCGAGUGGAAAGAAGGUUGGAGGCAUGGCGUCGGUCAGCUCAAGUUUCAGGAUGGAACCUGCUACACCGGCCAGUUUGAGAACGGACUCUUCCACGGCUCCGGUGUGCUGCUCUUCACAGAUGGAUCCAGGUACGAAGGAGAAUUCGCCCACGGAAAGUUUCAAGGUGCAGGAGUCUUCAGUCGAUACGAUGGCAUGAAGUUUGAAGGAGAAUUCAAAGACGGACGUGUGGAGGGACGUGGGCUAUUGACUUUCCCGGAUGGAGCUCAUGGAGUCCCACGAAACGAGGGCUUGUUUCAGAACCACAAGCUGCAGAAGAGAGAGAAGUGUGCAGGAGUGGUGCAGCGUGCGCAGGCCUCAGCCUCCAGCGCUCGCAGUCUGGCACUUUGA